AUGAAAUGGCGGCUGGUCUCGAUUGUGCUGUUCGCAAUCGUUCUGACAGCGGAGCUCGCUGUCCACGAUCCGUACGCGGUGCUCGGCAUACCGAAGACCGCGACUUUGGCAGAAGUGAAGAACGCUUAUCGUAACUUGGUGAAGAUAUGGCAUCCAGACAAGAGUACCCACCCGGAAGCCGAGACCAAGUUCAUUGAGAUCACUACAGCCUAUGAAGCUUUAAUGAAUAAAGACAAACCUGAUGAUUAUGCUACGCCUGUCAAUAGUUAUGCUAGUAACUUUCACCAAUUUUUCGAUUUUGACAUGGACAACUUUUUUGAGAAUGUUCAUCAACGUUAUAACUUUGACUUCUUUAGAAAAUUACAAAUACACUUGGAUGAGUUCAAUUCGUUAUUGCUGACCAGAAAGAGCAAAAAACUUACAUUAAUAUUGUUUUAUUCUGAAUAUUCUUUAGCUUUCCUUAAAGCACAAUCUGUUUUGAAAAAAGUUAUUGAAGAUCUUGCACCAAUAGGAGUUGAUUUUAAAACCAUGAACAAAGAUGUGGAACCUUCAGCAUUUUGGAGAGCUAAAGGAGUUUUUAUUCCUCAUUUGAUAUCGAUUAUGGAUUCAAAUCUCAAUGUUUACCAAGAAUCCUUUCAGAGUGUUGACAAUGUGAUCAAUUUUGUACGGAAAAGUUUGCCUGUGAAACUUAUACCUGAGUUCAAUGAUUUUAAUAUUGAUAGAUUUUUGAGCACAUGGUCUACUGAUAAUCGAGUACGUGCUUUAAUUAUGCAACCUGGGUCUCCUCUAAAGUUACGUUAUGCAUUAAUUGCUCUUGAGUAUCGAAACCAUAUUAGUUUUGGAUUUGUAAACUUUGGACUCUAUGAGUGUCGAUCAACACGGGACCGGUAUAAAAUACCACAUGAUAAAGAUACUCUACUGAUUUUAAAAGAAAACAUUCGAUACCCAGCUGCACAUUUAUCUAUGACAUACAUACCUAUGGUUGGACUACGUGAUAUAAUAGAAAGCAAUAAAUAUUUGACUUUACCUAGGUUGUCUUCUCAAGAAGUUUUCGAUACUCUUUGUCCAGUUGGCGAGAAAAAUUUCUGUUUGGUAUUAGUGUCGCAUAACUCUCCUAAUCAUGAGGCUCAUCGACAAUCCAUCAGACGUUUUGCUCAAGAAGCGCGUUCUAUUUAUCCCGACGUGCCUUUAGCCUUCAUGUAUGUGUUCAGAGAAAGACAACCACAUUUCAUCAAUUCUUUAAUUCAAGGCACAGAAAGUCCAAGUGAACCGUUGCUUCAUAUAGUGUUGUUGACUAGGCUCAAUAAAAAAAUGGUCAGCUACAAGUGGCUUUUGGGAGACAACUAUAACAACUGGGCAAACUAUGAUUUGACUAAAGAGAGACUGACUGGAGUUUUGAAUGCACUGCUUGGCAGUGAAACGGCAUGGACACUGAGUAACGAAGCACAUAUUGGUGCUGUGUUAGAUGAACAUGGCCAAAGUUUAAUAGCACGUAUUGCUACUAGAGCUCAACAGCAUGUCAUAACUAUGUUUUACACUAUGAUUGAUUUGGUUAUAAACCAUGGUUUAUUCUUUAUUUACAUUGUAUUCUUGAUGAUUGGAAUUAUGAUGGUCACGUAUUUCUUAUACACUCUAGUAGAAACUGAGAUAAUGGAAAUCAAUAAGAAAGUUGAUCAAACCAAAACAAAACCAUCCCAAACUGUUAGACAGCGUGAACUUAAACUUCAUGAGCUGAGAGCCGAAACUUAUAAUGGACUUGUCCGUCUUAUUAAACCAGGUUGUCGCACCAUUAUAUUACUGAUUGACAACAGCACUGCUGUUUUGCUGGCCAGACAAUUUUACCAUGUUGUGUGGCCAUAUAGAAAGAACAAGUCGUUAAUGUUUGGUUAUUUAAAUCUUGAUCGAGGUCCAUCUAGAGAUUGGUAUUGUAAAUUAUUAUCAUUAAGUCUUGCAGACACUAACAAAAGCAUACAUAUAAAUACACGAAAUUGUGUGGGUACAGUAUUGUCAUUAUGUUCAUUGAAAAAAUAUUUCUGCAUGUAUCAUGCUAAACACCCAGAAUCUUCAAGACAUAAAAAUGAUAAAUGGAGAAGAGUUAGCAUGAGACCACCCAAAGGUGAUGGAGAAUUUUGGGGUUUUAAUGAAGAAUCAGAUGAAGAUAAUUAUAGUUUUGACGAAGAUGAAGAGAAUACUGCAGGGUUUAAACCAAUUUUAAAGGAUAAAGAAGAAGAUAUUCGUACAGAACAUUUGCUUGAUGGAUUACCCAUGUGGCUUGACAGGCUGUUCGAAGGCACUACAAAAAGAUAUCAAAUUAACUAUUGGCCCGACUUCAAGGUGUAAAAUUCAAAAAUAUUUAAGAGAAUUAAUCUCAUAAGAUUUCAUUUUUAAGUAUUUAUACUAAUGUGUAUUGUUUUACCAUAUUCUAGUCUUAAAUGCAUUCAUUGUAAUGUUCGCUUGUAUAAGUUUGUUUUAAGCAUAUUGGUUGUUUUUACUUUUCCUUUGUAUUAUAUAUAUAUAUUAUUGUGGUUUUCUCA